AUGAUACAAGAAAAGACAGAAUUUGAUUUAAGCCAGUUAGAAAGCUUCGACAUUUGUGACUAUUAAAAAAGCAUGUCGUCUGCUGAUAAUUAAGAGGAUUAAUAUGAAUUUAAAAAAUAAAAGAAAAAGGAUUAAAAUUAAACCAAUCAAUAGCACAUUACAUCUUUUUUUUCUAAAACAAACGGAUUUUAGUUUAGUAAUUACAGCUAUUAAAAGUAAUAAAGCAAUUUAAAUGGUUUUUAGGAUGUAGAAUGUGUUUCUAAAAAGUAAGUUUUUAAAAAAAUGGGCUCUCAAGAGAUAGCUCCAUAGCGAAGGAUUAGUAGAAUUUAAGAAAAUAAUUAAAAAGAUAAUCUAAAAAGGAAUAAAAAAAACUUAAUUGAAUAAGACAACUUAAAUUUUAAAAUAGAAGAAUUAGGUCCAUGGGAAUAGGAGAAUAUAAAUAAGCCGUUCUCUAAUGAUUCUACUUACAACUUAUACUCAUUACGCUAAAGUAGUAUAAUAAGUUCAACUAAUAAUAAUAAUAAUAAAAGCAUAGACGGAAUCAUAGAAAAAGCAAGAGAUUUCUCAGCUUAAGCUAAUUAAGUUAAAUAAAAGGAAACAAUUAAGCAAAACCACCAGAGAGACUCUAUAAAAGCCAAUAAAAUAGCUUAUGAUCUGGAUUAGAACGUUGUCCUUGGUGUGAAGUAGCUUAAAAUUGACAAAUAUUAGUAUAAUUUUGAUCUUUAUUCUUUUUCUUCUACUAGAAGUUUUAUGAAAAAAUAAGACGAAGCGCAAACAUGUAGAGAUAAAUCUGCAGAAAAUAAUAGUGAAAUUUUACAAGCCAACUUUAAUAAUCAAUUAAAAAACUGUAUUAAUAAAGAUGAGUAAAAUAGUGAGAAAUAUAACACAAAUUUAUUAAAUAAUAAUCCUUCUUCAUUAUAAAUGUAUGGGAACUGUUAAAAGACUAAAGAAAAUACAGAAGAUUAUUGUCUCAAGAGCAAUUUUUAUGUUAAGGAGUCUUAUGCUUAAUAUAUAAAUGAUAGACUUAAGUUAAAAAGCACAAAAUGUGAUCAAUCAGAAAAAUGUCAAAGUGCUUAAAACAACAGAUUUAAUGAAUUUGCUUAAAUUAGCAAACAUUUUAAUAAUUCAAUUAACACAAAUUAAUUAAGCGAAAAAGAGCCAAUCAACGUAGAAGAUCUGCAAUAAUUACAAAAAUAACUAAUGAAGUAAUAUGAUCAGCCUUAAAUGGCUAAACAACAAUAAAACUUGAAAAGCUUUAAAUAUAAUAAUGAUCAUGAAUAUUCAAAAAGUUAAAUGAACUUUUAUUAAAAGCCAAAUGUCUAAUCAUAGACAAAGGAAUAAUCUGAUUAGUAAACGCUUUUCCAUUAUGAGGAGUUUCCUUCUUAUCAUUCAAUUUUAAAAAAGUUAAAAAACAACAAAAUUCAUCAGCUAUUUCCUAACUAAAAUAGCUUAUCAAGCGAAAAAAUCCAUGAAAUUGCUAAAUUGUUUCUCAAAAUAAAUUCCUAAAAAAGCUAAUAAGAUAAAUACCAGCCGCUUAAUUCGAAUUAUGAAAUUGCCUACAAUGAUGAGCAUAGUAAUGCAAUUCUCAAGCAUAAAAAAUCUAAGUAUAGCCUACCUUAAAGUUAAUAAAAUUAGCGCUUUAUAAAUUAGCAGAAAUUUAACUUUUCUGACUAUAACAAAUAAAUGGCAAGUUCACAGUUGAAUAGCAGUGCAGACAAAGGAGAGAAAGUUCCUCCACAAAUUUAAACUUUCCCAUUAUUCAAGCGCUCGAAAACAUAAAUUGGAAAUAUAAAUUUGCAAAGACAUAAUUAGCAAGUAAAAGAGAAAGAAAGGAAAUUGAAAGAAGAAAAAGAAGAAUGCAACUUGCAUAAAUUUAUAAAAUAAAUAGAUUCUUCCAGUAUUUAGUUUCAUGUUGCUGAGGCUCUUCAGUAAUAAAAUAUAAAGAUUAAGUAAGAUAAGCUAAUAAAAGCAAGUAGCGAAUUGUAGAUGAAUCAGAACUUCAGAGUGCAAGGGUUCAAAGGAUUUAGCAAAGUUAAAUCUAAUAUUUAAUCAGAAAAUAAAUUAAAAAGCUUGCAAAAACAAAAUAAUUCUUAAAUAAUUUAUGAUUAAGGUAAUUAUUCUAGUUCUUAAAUAUUCAACAACAAUAAAGAUAUAACCAAUAACUAUUUUAAUUAGCAGAAGCUAAACUUUACGUAAAAUAAAAGCAGUAUAUCUGUCUUUAACUCAAAUUCUACUUAUCAAAACUCCAGUCCAUCUUCUCACGAGUCCUAGUUUAGUAAGACUUACUCUGGAAUAACCCAUUUCUUCUAAUAACAAAAUAAAUCCAAAUUUCCAUCUCAGUAUCUUACAAAUUACUCACCUCCCUAAGAAAAGUUACAGCAAAAUCAAAACAAAGAAACUUUAUUCUUCGAUUAUAUAAAUAUAAAAUGA